CCCAAUAAAGAUGUUAAAAAAAAACGAAUAAAACAAAAAAACAGUAAAGGGGACCCAGGUAGUAUCUGGGUUACAGAUGGGACAAGCAGAAAAUUUCAUUACUGUAAAUAUAUGAAACCAUGAAAGGAUGGAGUUGGAAAAUAGGAUGGCAGGGUAGGGCAGAGGGACCUGGAAGGCCCAGCAGGGGCGGAAGGGUCUGCUGGACUGGUGGGUGGGGGAGGGGCUGUGGACACACCCUCUCCAUGUUGUCCCCUCCCCCACACUCAGAAACCCUUUGUGACUCUUCAGUGCUCUGUGAUGCAGGCCUGGGACUGCACUCGCACUCUCAGUGCUCAGUGUGUUCAGGCAGUCUUGCGGUUCAGAAAUGGGAUUCAGAGAAUGGAAUGUUCUCUCAUUUUUGAACAGCGUUAUCGACCCAUGUCUGAGCUGUGACUCAACAUCCUUGGAUAUUUACCGAAACCUCAUCGUCCUGUGCGAGUUGGUGUUGCUUCUUCUGUUGCUGUGGUACCUGGUGAGCUUGCCAUUUUCACCUACCUUCAGUAAAACCAAAGACAUCCGAAAGCGUCAGGGCAGAGCCAAGAGGAGAAGGAAAGGUGGAACACCGAAAGGUAAGGUUCUGCCUAUCCCAGCUGAACUCUCCAAGGGUGACCCUUCCUGCCUUUUCCAUGACAUCCAAGGUCCCUGAUCUCUGAGGAUGUCAACUGCUAGAUACAGUUUCUCUCAGAAACCAGAGUUCUCAGAGGAGAGGCUUGUGGGAGGGCAGUCAGAGCCUGAGACACUGCUCAGAUUCCCUGCUCUGCUCAUCGCUGGGCAUGAACCAGUGAUGGACCUGGGCAAUGGGUGUUUCCCAACAGGUGGCCAUGUGAGAUGUCAAGAGUCAGAACUUCUGUGUCCUGACUUUGUAAAAGUCCUUUGACUUCCUGGAUGAUCAGAUCCCUCUCUAAGGCAACACUGAUCUCUGGGCUUCACAUGGUGGUUUUGAGCAUCACAUGAGAUAAAAUGCAUGUGAAAGUACUUUACAAGAAGCAACAUACACAUGUUAAUAUCAUUGACCAUUUGACCUCAUCUACUAAUUCUUGGGUCUUUCAGAGUCUAAUACCCCAAGGGUUUCCCGUAAGGGGACUCCUUUAUUAUACCUAUGCUUCUACCUUCAUUACAUAUAACCCACUCUCCUGGUUUCUCAGGUUGGAGAUGUCACCAGACAGAAAUAGAGGAGAAAACGAAGCUGAUUUCUAUUCUGAAAAGGUGACUAACUAGUCUUUCCCCUUCUUUCCUGAUCCCUCCUUAGCAUGUUCUAUGCAAUUCCAGGGAUUCAGUGCAACCUGCUGUAGUCAUGGCAGGGGGUAGCACAGGAAUGAGUAUGUGAUGAAGGCCUUGAGGUGAGGGCUGUUGAGCAUGUUGUGAAC